ACUCUCUUCAAGAAUGCAUGGACCAAGGUGGUCAAAUCUUGAGCAUCCGGCCGAUUUCUUAUACGGUUCGAAUUAGGAUGCCAAAUGGAGACGAGAAGGACAUUUCGAAUGUAAAUUUUCCGACUGACUCGAAAUACGUAGCUCAGGGACCUUCUAUGGAAGAACCGACUUUGGAGAUCAGUGAAGAAGAUUUACCCGAAGAAUACUUUGAUCAAUUCAAAACUGACGAAUCAAUAGAAAAACCUCCACCAUCCAUACGUGAACAUUCAUUUGAAGAUGUUAUGAAAACAGGUGGUCGUAUCGAAGAUUGUAUUAAAUUUCAAUCUAAUUCAGUUUUUGUCUUGAUGCCUGGGG